CAGGUUUGAAAAAACAACAAACAUCACAGGAUUUUUUUAUCUAAACAAACAUCUCUAAAAGGUUUUCUCUGACGACUUAUUCAGUAUAAAAAGGCCUAAUCUUACUCUAAAAUUGCGGACUGAAGAUGGAUGACAAUCUAGAGUUCACAGACGAUGAGAUCCGUGAGGAGCUUGGCAAGCUGGGAUAUCCUAAUGUACCAGAGAGCCGUUUGGCAGAGUUCAAAAAAGAUCUUGGAAGGUUAAUUUCCCAUGAGAGAAGCAAAAGUUCACAGAACACCAGUCUUUCAUCUCAUGUGCCCACAGAUACAUCCAUCAAUGGAGUAAGAAUUGAAGGAAAAACAAGAUCACCACUGGAGGAAAGUCCAUUGGAAAGACAGGUGCCAGACCUUGCUGCUGAUAGAAGACAGUACUGCCAAUGGCGAACAGGAAAGGAGAACCAGGGUCGUCCUGAGUCCCCCAAGGAUGUCCACCACAUCCCCCGGAAGCCCGAUGCCAAGUUUAGCAUGUAUGAACCCGAGGCUGACCUCUCACAGUAUUCCCUAAGAGACGAUGUGUCAGAGACAGACUCUGAGAGGAGAAUGGUGAAAAGAAAAGUACUCAGGAAAGAUAAAGAUGGAUCAAAGCAUGUUGACGAGUCAAUGACAGAAAGUGAUUUUGGGAGUAUCCAGGAUAUAAAUGAGCGACUACGGGAGUUGGGUAUUAUUGACAGAGUAGAUUUCUUCAGCAAAAGAAGACCACAGUCAUCAAGAUCAGAGCCUCCCUACAGACUGUCACCAGACGACCCCAGACCAUCCUCAGUCAUCUUGAGAAAACCUGAGCACCCGCACACCAGGAAUAUAAAGAAAACUGACCCAGUAGCACGAUAUCAGCAGUUCCGUCAAAGCUGGAGCGCACAGAGAGCUCCUGGGGAGAAGAAUCACAAAAACCUGCGCUGGAAUGUCCGCGAACAGAUGCUGGCACAGGAUGUGGUCUAUGAGAAGAAGCCACACCGAGUGUUUGUCCCCAACAAGUAUACGGUUCCCUCAGACAAGAAGCGACAGAGUCUACGCUGGCAAAUCAGGACAGACAUGGCUCAAGGCCAGUUACCACAUCACGGCUUCUACGCGGAAUACUGACACUCAACAUGGGGUUGACAUCCUCUGUGUAGGACGAGCGUUUAUGACCAAAACAAAAAUAAACGUUUUGCUCCAUAUGGACCAUUUAAGGGACCUAGCCAAUAGAUGUGUUUCUACAUUAUAUGUCAGUAGUGCUAGGACCUGUCUGAAAAAUUCAUUCAAUAUGUGACUGUGAUACAAGAAAUGACCCCUGAAGUUGUAAAUAAUUAAUAUACCUUUGAAGAUAUGUACCAUUACCAUGCUAAUGUAUAUAAUACUUGGUAUGUCAAAUACAUGUACUGUUAAAAUCAUAUUGCAAAACAGAUCUUUAUUUAUUUAUUGUUCUUUGUACAUUGUGUUUUAAAUUUUGAGUAUUGUUACUCAUUUUGUAACAUUUAAUUAAAGGCAGCAAUUUAAAUGUACAUGUAUGGUAUGAUGUUAUACUUUAUGGCAAAAUUUUAAGAACAUAAUUAUUAGCCUUGUAAAAAACUGUUGAUAGUUUGAAUUCAUUAACACAAGUGGAAACUGUGUUAUACAUUUCCAAUUGAUCUAAGGAAAAGUGCAUAAACAAGUACAGGUAAAUUUAUUGAUUCAUAACUUAUUUAUUUUUGCUUUAUUUUUUAUAGAUCUGAUCUUUCAUACACUGAAAUGGCAAACCAUUCUUAAAAGCAUACACUGCAUUUUUUUAUGUUGUCUUUUAAAAUAAAUAUUGUAAGGUU